AUGGACGUGAGGGAAUUCAAACGGCGACCACCGCCCCAGACAUAUGGCGUGAUGUCUUUUCCGGCUCCGCAUGUUGUGUUAGUCGUUUUCAACCGACCCGAGGCACUCAAUUCCAUGACCAGAGCUGCACAAUAUGAACUCGAGUCUCUCUUCUCCUGGUUCGACAGCGAAGCAUCGCUCCGCUGUGCGAUCGUCACAGGCGCAGGGCGUGCAUUCUGUGCCGGGAUGGAUCUGAAACAAUGGGACAUAUCCAACGCUCGCCGUGCCAACGGAGAGCACGACGGACAACUAAUGAUGCCACGGUCCGGUUUUGGAGGGCUCUCCCGGCGCCAUGGCAAAAAGCCUGUCAUCGCCGCGGUCAACGGGCUGGCCUUUGGCGGUGGAAUGGAGAUUGUGGCCAAUAUGGAUCUCGUCGUCGCCGCAAAAAGUGCUCGCUUUGCCCUCCCAGAGGCUCAGCGAGGAGUUGUUGCUAUGGCCGGCUCCCUCCCACGACUCGCCAGAACUAUUGGACGGCCUCGAGCAACGGAGCUCGCUCUUACAGGCCAAAGCAUCACUGCGACAGAAGCUCGGGAGUGGGGGUUGAUCAAUGCAGUGACAGAAGAUGCCACGAGUGACUGUGCUGUGCUGGAACGGCCGGUCGUCAAGAAAGCACUGGAGUAUGCGACUAAAAUCGUCGGCAAUAGCCCUGACAGUGUGGUGAUUAGUCGGGCGGGGAUUCUGGCCGGCUGGGAGGAUGGGAGUGUGGAGAAUGCGAGUCGUCUGCUGAGUGAGACAUGGGAGUCCGCAUUGAAUGAAGGCACGAAUCUACAAGAGGGCGUGAAGGCCUUUGCUGAGAAGAGAGCACCGCGAUGGGUUGACAGCAAGUUGUAA